CACAUUAGCACUUUUUGAAAGAACAACGAGGACGACGAGAUUGUCCACACGAGAAAUACAUAAUCCAAGCUAUAUGUCAACAUCGAUACCGAAUCAAGCGAAACGAAAAAAAUGAUGAACAAUACGAGUCACGCAAUGAAGAAGAUGAAAGUAGACAAAACUAAAACAGCCGCAAGUGGAGGUGCUUCGGCGUCUGCGUCGAAAACGUCCUCGUCGACGUCAGCUGCCGAGCCCUCUCCUGCUGGCUUCCAGUCCUUUUUCAGCGCCAAGCCUUCGAGCUCAACAUCUUCCUCCUCCUCCAACAAUAAGGGCAAUACGUUGACAGAUGCCGUUUUCGGUGGUGGCGCGAUCGGUGGGGCUUCUAGCGCGCAGAAGACUUCUAAAAAAAAGGACGAUCUUGGACAUCUGUCGAGAAAGAGUGAUGCAGGGGUCCUCAAGGAGAAGCAGUCAAGCAUUGCCAGUCGUGCUCUGAAGUCUAAUUCCACGCCAUCUUCCACUAAGAACAUUCAAGCGGUCAAAAAACCAGCAAAAGCCACUUCAUCUAAAGCCACCUCAUCUAAAGCCACUCCAUCGAAACCGAAAGCCACCUCAUCUAAAGCCACUUCAUCAAAAGCCACUUCGUCGAAAGCCACUUCAUCAAAAGCCACUUCAUCUAAAGCCACUACUUCCAGUAGCAACAAGGGCACAACAACCAAAUCCGACACGAAAGAAAAGACGGCCACCAAAGCCAAAGGAGCUAAGAAAGGCAAUCAAGGACUUCUUGGUGGACAAGUGCUGCUUGGUGGUGGAGCAUUGCUGGAUGAAGGUGAUGGUGAGGACGAAGACGAGGAUGGAGAUGACGGCGUAGACAAAGAAUACGAGGACAAGAAUGCGAAGAAGGAAAGGUCUCAGAGGUGGACUGUGCACAAGGGGGUCGAGGUAUACAAACAACUAAACCCACAGGACGACCUCAGCAUUCUUGGAGACACCUACCAGAAGAAAGAAGAGGCGCUUCUAGUUAUGGCCAAGGCUACCUCCUGCUCCUCCAUCUGGUCUGGUGAGGUAUUGUGCCUCUAGGUGUAGUAUUCCUCAUUUCUAGCACUGUUCUCUCCGCUUCAAAGCAUAUCUAUCAAAACUGUUCCUUUUUCAUAGGUGAACGGUGAAAACCCCUACGGCUUGGCCAAGCAGGGUAAAUCAACUUCAGCUACUGCUGCCAUCCUAAAAUUGUAAGAAUAGUGAGUACUUUCUCUUUGUCCCAAAACGCGUUUUCUUUUGAUCCAUGGUCCUUUUGUUCCCACCAGGCAAUAUAACUUCGUCGGUAAAAACAAGAUGAAGAACCAACUUCUAGCUCUUCUAAUUAAAAGCAAUAUCGCAAGUAUGUAGAGCUCUGUCAGAAGCGUAGGAAACUGCAAGAGAAAUUGGUGAAAGAAAAACGAGAAGAGCAGCAGAGAGCGGCCGCCAGCUCUUCGUCUUCUUCUAGCAUUAAGGCCUCCCCUGAUCCAUGUUCCUCUUCGGAAGCAUCUGCGACACGUGAUUUUCCUUUUCCAGGGGAAAGCGGUGGUCCCGGGAAGAUGGAUUUGGAAAUGGAUUAAAAUUUUUAAAAUAGGGUGAACUCUAAUACUAGUAGUUCGUCCACCACCAGCAUCAAAAUGGUCAAAAAAGAUAACGGGAAAGCCACAAAGAAACCCAGUUCAGCAAAGUCGACGUCUAUGAGCACGAAGAGCCAAGCAGCUAAGGAUUUUAAGGACAACGAGAAGGAACGCGAGAAGUGCAUCCGUGGUUUUCGACCUAUUUUUGCUGCGAUCUCGGAUGAUACAACUGGAGGUCAGGAGAUUGAAGACGAAGUGAAAACGAAGACAGUCAUCGUGCGAAAUUAUCCCUAUAAUUGGCAUGAGGAUGAUGCCAAGCGCGUCUAUGGUGACCCGCUCGCGAAGCAUCCACCUGUGGACGUUCCUGACUGGAAAGAGGGUGAUAUCUUAUGGCCAAAAGUUGUUAAUGCUUCAUUUCUAAGCUUGGACUUGUUCUGAGCUGUUGACUUGACAACAGUGGACGCAGUUGACAGGGUGCGAAGCCGGGAAUCUUCAUGAGAAUCUGCGCCUUCUUCUGCUCGCAUGCGUGAUUACUCAUUCUUAGUAGACCACUCUACCAAAACUCGUUUUGAUUUGCUCACUCCUACUCCAUGAGAGGUAUUAUAGAUAUUACCUAGAAAAUGUAAGAGGAAAGAAUAUGAAGCUCGUUUAAUAUUACAGGGAAGAGGGAAAUUCCCUCUUCCCUGUAAUAACUAUGAAGCUGAAACCUGUUUUAAUCUCCUUCUUGUGCUGCCCUCAGCCUCAGUGUCAAUAUGUAGUUCUAACCUAUUUUCUUCUGCGUACAUCCUGGCCACUGAGCUAUCCAGCUCUAGCGGACGCUGCGAAGCGUGCCUUUCUGCGGGCCUUACUAGAUGCGGAUCCGGAAACGGCAAAAACCAUGUUGAACUUUCCCCCGGGAACGAACAAGGAGGAGAAGAUAAGGCUUGAUGUGUUACAACUAGCUAGGUUGUACUGCUGCACUGGCUCCCGUCUUCUAGUAUAGUUUUUUUGCUUUAUUCAAGAAGAGGCCGUUAAGACAGCAUCAUAAGGGAAAACAAGAAGAGAACCCUUAGGAUCAAAUUCAGGCUAUACCAAAAAUACCAGAACCAUACACUGACACAUGAUCAGUCACUACAGACACACUUGUUCUGUAGAAGUACAUUGUCAGUCUACUUGACUUUCGCUGUAGUUGACUAAAUAAAAUAGAUAGUAUAUAUAAGUUUUUUGCUUUAUUCAUCAACAUCUUCUAAUCCACGAAGAGGCCGUUAGGACAGCAAGCAACAGGCUUCAUCAUGCUAUCUGGGUAGAAAAUUACACGGAGGGAUCCGAGCGAAAGGACGUUCUGCAGGCACAGAACGAUUGGCAUGGCAUACUUCGCAAACUGUUUAAGGCCACUGUCUGUCUGGGUCUGCUAGAAGUCUUAGAUCCCACUCAAAUCUAUCCUUUAUCUUAUCGGAUAAAUAACCGCUCGCACUCGUCAUUCGGGCGCGAGGUUCCCCGAGAAGUACAAAUAUUUAGAAGUUCUAACUCACUGUGCACAAGAAAGAAAAGAAUGCCAAAGGUGAAAUACAUUCUGACGCAAGUAGUUUUAGGGCGGUGAGUCGAAUUAUGGAUGUUUAUGGGUGUAGUGUACUAGUACAACUACUGUUGUACUAGGUAAUAUCAUGUUGUAGAGCUGAACAAUACGAGAAAUUUUACGUAGACAUAUGGGCAUACCCUCGAAACCUACCCUAGAAGGACUAGGUACCACUUCAUCUAAUUUUUCGACAAAGGAGCGACUUAGAAGAGGCUUUCUACAUGGAGGACAGGCACAAGCGGAGUCAGAAAACACGCCAGAAGAUGAGAAAACAAGUGAUCAAAAAUCAGAUAAAAAUGCGAAGAGAGUACAGGAGGACAACAGCGUUAUGAUCAGGCAACGCAUAACCAUGUGCAUCACGGAGGUACUGCAAGCGGGCGGGCACUUUUAUGGCCUUUCAUAGAGUUAGUAGAAGCCUCAAAUUUAGUAAGAAAAUAGACGAAGUUGCAUGGCCUUCCUGUCGAUCCUCCAUGAUUAUGCUUGAAGUUCCUUACUCGCUAUAGUGUAGAAUAGACUCCCUUACAGCUGAAAAUAGUGCGAGCAUUGCUAGGGUGGGUUGGUGCGGCUUUAUUCGGUCCAAGGUGAGUCCACAGCUUUGCGCCUGCCGUCCAUCUCUCAUGGACGAACGUUAGAUGCUGCUCGCGCUUGGCGUCAGUAGUACUUCAACUUCGGUGGCCCGGUUCGCCUGAGUUGCAUGAACUUCCUGUCAGUCGUCAUUCAUGGAACUUUUCCGGAUGGCGCGGGAGACGUCAGUCAUGGAGCUUCUCCGAGAUGAAAAAUUCGACCCAGGGAGGUGGGAGACUUCACCACUGGAGUUUUCGCCACGGAAGAAUACAUGAGCUGCUCGUCUACACCACUUUCAUUAUUAGCUCUAAUGUCAUCAACUCGUGAACGCCAACGGAUCCGUAAAAAGCCAAGACGCCGCAAGACCAGAAGGCGGAUUUGCUCUGGUCCAACUGCUCGGAGACGAGAUCUUUCACAAGAUCACCGGGACAGAAAGCGUCACUUUCCUCCGUAUCGGAGAUGAUGGACAAGAGGUGGCGCAUCACUUUCGAGCAGAGUCCAGGCGACAGAAGGUAUCUACAAGUAAGUCUUUGGUCUUGCUAAUUCAAAAACCAUGUUGACACCUCUACUCACCUAGCGUGACACUUCUACUCACCUAGCGCGACACUUUCCAACCUCGUAGCACUUUACCUAGCACUCUACUCGCUCUGGCAAUGUACGUAGCUGACAAAAACAGACGGCCUCCUUCUCGUCCUCAUGUACUAUCUGGAUUUUUGCGAUUUUCGUAUGGACUUGUGAUGAUCAAUAUCAAAUCUAUGCUGAGGGCUCUACUGAAAUAUCAACUCUAUCAUACUAGAAGAAAACAACGCCAGUAUGUGAGGCUAUUUCAUCAGCAAUAAUUCUUGAAGAGAGCUAGAGAACGAGAAGCGCCAUUAUCACUCGUUUCGUCUUGUCCUUCAGGUAAUCAUGUCGUCGCGUGCUUGCGCACCACUCGCAAGCUGUGCGACACGUCCCGUCGUAGCAAUGGCGGUACAAAAGGAAAGGUUCCGCCGUUGCCUAUUUGCUCUCAAACGAGUGUUACGAUUAACGUUUUUAAACAUUUUCGUCUUUAUCUCUUUCUUGUAGUACUCACACUCAGACCCUAGAAUAAUCUAGUUGUAGUUUGUUGCACUAUGUCGUUGGACUCAGACCCUAGUAGCAGUACUAGUUAGCGAUGCAGCACCGACGUCAAACUCAUAUCGUCAUCAUUCCUCUAUGGAAAUUGAUGCUCAUCGUAGUUGUUCCACGAGACGUGUACUACAACGACAGUGUAUGGCUCUGGUAUUUGGUAACCUGAGUUUGAUCCUAAGGGUUCUCUUCUUGUUUUCCCUUAGGAUCAAAUUCAGGUUACCAAAUACCAGAACCAACCAGUCAGACAGCAUGGCGGCUAUUCUGGUAUGCGUGUGCAACAUACAACAUUCAUCUUGUAUUAGAACGACCGCGUCGUGAUCAUCUCUUUAUUAGCAUUUUCAUAGUUUAGUGGAUGUAGUAAAACCUCUAGAAGUAGAAAUAGACUGUCAUUGUAUUUGCAUUCGAGGUCGGCUUCCCCUAGGUGGCGAAUCUAUCUAAGAGCGUACGAAAAGAUCCCACAAGAGGAAAAGAGCCAGGCUUUUGGUGGACCGGCGUCCUCUUCCACGGAGAUUGGAGGGCUAAGAGACUUGGUGCGGAACCCAGCAGAGAAGCCGAUCAAGCGCAAUCAGCAGCUUCCUCUCGCUAAUCUUACGUCCUCAAGAAACGAGUGCUAUUGCUAGACUUUAUAUUAUAAUUUAAUAGCUUUACCUAGAUCAUGUAAAAGUAGAGCUAGAGUUUCACUUUCAGUUUCAUUAUAUUUCAAGUUCGUUGUACUGAUUCUGAUGUAUAAUCUCCGCGUCAAGCUUUGUUUAUUUACGAUGUUGCAUAGCCAUAGCGUCACUUUCCCUGUGCUUAUAUAUAAAUGUACCAUGUGUAUGUGAGGAGUCAUGAUGGUGAUGUUAGAUUGCGUUUGAAGAUUCACCACUGAAACUGAUGGGAUAGAGCCUACUUUUCAUUCAGUAUGCUCUUCUUCUAUGGGACGGCUUCUUCGCAUUUGUUAACAUGUUCACUACUGUAUCUGUAACCGGGGGAAGUGAAGCUGCAUUUGGUGUGUAACAUCUAUGACGCCCUUGAGGUAGUCUGCGCUGAAUUCUGGUAGGUUUUGAUUUAUCGGAACUCGCUCGCAAAAUACGCGGGUAGGUUUUGAUUUAUCGGAACUCGCUCGCACUACAAAAAAAAAGCGAGAUCAAUUGUAUUGUAUUGUAUCACGUACAUACUUCUCAAAAAGCGCCAUGCUCUAAUGAUCAACAGGAGUCGUCUAGCAGUAAAAACGCUGGCAACACACGAAAGGACGCGCUCCCAAUUGGUUUCCUGAGGCAGGGACAAAGAGUGGAGAAACAGCACAUCCAGGACAAGAUGCAGAAGGUCAUAGACCUAUGCAUGGACAAGGGCACAAAGGGAGAAUUCCCGACCGUUGAGUUAUGGCAAAGUGAUUCUUAUUUGUGUACCGCAGCGUAUGCGAAAGCUUUUCGUUUUCUUCGUGGCGUUCGCGUUUCUCAAGCUAUUUCGCAUGGGUUUUGAUGUAUUCCUUCACUUGUUGCAUUCUAUGUACGCAGUAGCCCAAAACUAAAACUAGACUAAUAGCGACAGCGUGUGUGUCUUGUACUUGUGCUAGUAGUGAUGUAAGUAGUCUAAAAGUAAUAGUGUGUACAUCUCUUUUCUAUCUUUUACCCUAUUCGCUUUUCGAUCUUCCUCUGGUCUUUCUUUUUUCUAGUUAGGUCGGCUCCACCGGAAGCAAUAGGGUGCACACGAGGCACGACCUUGAUGCACACCACCCGACGCGCCUUGUCUCUCGUAACGCCAUGCUAAUUUCUUUGGUAGAUGACCUUACUUCAUCUUUCUCGCUUGCUUGAUACAUCUUCUAUCAGAAGUGCUUGCAUACGCAUUCUUGAACCAACUAAUCCGCAUUGAUUCUUCUCCCCCCAAGGGGUGAAUCCUCUUCCAUCCCGCUUUCAUACAAAAGGAACAACAUUGAUCCGGAUAACAAGGUGGCUUUUUUGGGACUGGGCUACACAGACUUUCGCCAGCAAAACGGAUCGGCGAACGCUAUUCGAACAAAAAUGCUAGAUGAUUGGAGGAAAAAAGUUUGGGACGCCUGUGUUGCAGUCGCUCAGGCCGUGGCAGAAGACAGAGCCAAAGAGCAAGCGGCAUCAGGAUCAGAGCCAAAGGAAUUUUUUUGGACAGGUAUGAACAAUGAUAAGAAAUUGAAUCUCUUUUCUGGUAUAGUAGCGCUCAGCAGUGAGAUCAUCGUAAGAGGACAACACUCAAUAUUAGCACAGUCUAGAAGAAGCUUAUCUACUUAUGUCUAAUUUUCUGCUUCUUGCCAUGUGAGAGAAGUUGGAAUGUUACCUGCGUCGUCUUAUCCAAAACAGGUAUCGGCAUCGGAUUCGACGUCAUAACGCCGGUGCAUGUUGACGGCAAAAAUUCCAGACCAAGUGCAACCUUUUCAGGAGGCAGCUACACCAAUGGAGUCAAAGGGUGCUGAUAAUUCAACUAGUGACUAAUGCUAGGACGUGUAGUAGCAAAACUACAGUAAUCAUUACUAAUGGAACACUUCAACUUCCAGGGCGCUGCUCCCCCAUGAAUGUAAGAUGGCAUUUGCUACCCAUUUUCUCUCAUGAGCAUGAUAGACGUUUUUCAUGGAAAUCGUGAUGGUAGUCUGUCGGCGCCUGCAAAAGCAACUAUCUCAGUUCAGGCAUGUGUCGCCACUUCUUCAAAACUAUAUCAUAGGUAUCCCUGUGGGCGACUGUUUGUCCAUGAUACCGGUGGAGACGACGAAGCGGAUGCGGAUGGAGAAGAAGUGGGAGAUGCUUUCUACUAUCCGAUCACCGAACCCAACCUAAAAUUUAUGCUAUAACUUUGCCUAUGCCUCGUCGCGUUCUUUAUCAUAUCCUUGAAAGCUCUCGACUUCUAAUUUACAGUGCCUCUGAGUGGGGCACGGCUUUGUCAGUGGUCCACUCUGCCUUACUACUUUUUUAGGUCAUCUUUCUACACUGACUAGUACUACAUUACUUGUCUUACCAGUUACAGUCCCCCUCUCUAAUCCCAACGAUAACAAGCUUUGGCAGGUUGGCGAAAAAAUGCGUGGGAAAUUUGUUGAAACUUUCAAGACCUGGGUCCGGUUUUCCGGUAAGCGAGCGCAUGCCACCGAACCCUAUAGAUCUGGGCACAGAGUUUGCGUUGUAUAUUUUAGCAAACCUGUAACAAGUAAGGAGUGGUACAAUUAUGGCAAACGCGACUCGCUCUGUUAUAAUUAGUAGUUUUUUCUUGCGUCCUUGUUCAUAACCACAGGCAGGGAGCCUCGAGGCCACAUAUGAAAUGGGUGGCCCUGAUCCACUUUUUUCAGCGUCGCGACCAGGCACGCCACCCAUUACCACUGAAAUAUAUUGGUGUAGCUCGUCUUGUUUAGUGUUCACUCGUCAAGAGGAAGUCUACGAGUAAUUGUCAUGCCUGGCUUCUUCAUGAUACAAUGCAAUGCAAUACAAUAAAUCUCGCACAAAGUUCCGUGCAGACUGCCUUGAGGCGAAACAAAAGAAACUAGAGAAGUGUAGUGCCCGCGUUUAUGCUCUAAUAGACAACGCUGAAAGAAUUGGGUGCCAAUCCUGCGCCAGUCGUCAGCAAUGAGGAUGCCAAUAGAGAGGAAGGCGUAGAAGAUGCUAAGGAAGGUGCUUGAGGGGAAGAACGAGGAAGGAGAAGAUGAAGAAGAUGAUGCUAAGGCGAAGGAGGGUGCUUAGGGAGUUGUGAAGAACGAGGAAGGAGUAAAUUAUGUUGGAGAUGCAGCUAAGGAAGGUUUUUAACAAACAAGGAAUCUCUUACUCUUGUCGUAAUGAGUGGCGUCGCUCCGACGAGUGAACACGGAGAAGGUAGCUCUUUUUCUUCAGUGAGGUUGAUCGGAUAAGGCAAUGAGUUUGAGCUCUCGACUCAUUUGAUUUCUUCUAUUUCUCACACGAUACGAAUACUCAUUUGGAAGCUGUAAAAUUGUCACCUUAUUACAUCUUAAUAUUACACUCAUUGCUGAAGCUGAUGUUGUGUUGAUUUUUGUGAUCGUGAUUGUAUUCCUCCAUAUUGGUCAGAGCUAUCCUGUUUUCCUGCAUGAUCCGAUGCAUAUUCGAACAUGGAACCAGGACCAGCAAUCCUCACAUCUUCAUGAUCGUAUACUACUCGUGAUUCAGUGAAGAUGCAAGUCGCCAUAUCAAUGUUAUAGUAGAGUAGUCCGCUUUUCGAGUUGCGGGUUGCUCGAGUUCUCUCGAGUUGCCACGAGUUGCCGAGACUCGCGCGCCCAGUCCGGAACGAGUUGCUAACGAGUUCCUCUCCGCAGCUUGCUACUUUGAAAGCGCAGCACUCCGCGGCGGUAUGGCGGCCCAAGAUGCCACGGAGAGCAGGAGGAAGCUCGUGGCCCGUUGUUUCUUAGCAGAUCUGCCGUUUGUAUUGAAGAGACGCCCCGGCCGAGCUCUUCGGGGCUUGGGCUUGGCGAAAGUAAGAAGGCGAAGCUCGGGGCCUUUUUUGUUUGAGCGGCGCGCGCGCAAGCCUUGCGAAGUGCAGCUCUUUCCACGCUGUGUCGGUGUUUCUGCAUAGUCGUGCGCUGAUGUCGGCCGCGAUCUGGCUCUGUUUUUUUUGCUGGUGAGUGGCCAGCUUGUUCGACUUCUUGGGGCUCAGGUUUGCGCUGUAGUGGGCUUACUGAGUAGCGCGCCGCUUAGUGGGUAGCAUCACAAGCAAGGCCCCCUGAGUAGUGUAGACGCAUCGGGAUCGGAAUGGAGUAGGUUUUUUGUGUGUUUGUUUUAUAGGGCAGAAACUAUUAUACCAGGCAAGCGCGCGAACUUAGUAACACAAAACUACGAGAGCAGGGCCUUUAGAUAGCGCUGCUCUUGUCUGCCCCGCGCAUACAGCGCCUCGCAGAGAAGAGAGGGCGCUACUGGAGGCGUUCGCCUGUGGGGGUGGUUUGUGCUCCUGGGCGACAUAUUUGACGCUUCGAAGAUCGUGCGCCCGAAGGGCGCAGCGCUUUUUUGGUAUGGAACUCGUUCAACUCGAGCAACUCGACCCGAUAUCGGGCGAAAGAAGUCUAGUUCUAUUAUAGAUCUUCACUUUUUGACAAACUACUUAUAUCACCUGUUAGUCCAAAGAGUUAGACUCAAAACUAGUUGUGCUCGAGGUCUUUGACUACUUCAUGUUCAUGCGUAGCCGUUCCCCUAAAGCCACUUGGUCAAUCUUACAAAUUGCUUGUCGUCCGUGAUGAUUUGAAAACUCAUUCCGUAGCACGUGCCUGCAUAAUCGACCCACAACUGUCCGACACCACGUACUACUUACUUUUUAACAUCAUGAUGUUGAUUUCUUUGAAAGGCGAAGCUUAAGUUUAAAAGAAGAUGGCUAAGCUCGUUGCAAAACUAACUGCUCACACAUCAUACUUUCAAAAACUGAAUCGGAACUCUUCAGUUGUAUCCCCAUCAACAAAGAAAGUCGAAACCACAUGGAAUAGUAAAACUUGAAAUCGUACUCGUAGUAACCUGGUGUCUCUAAGAUAUAAGAAGUCGACGGCAUCUCGCCUUUCCCUGCAUUGCCCCAAACUGUUGAUGACUCAUUCUACCGGAUGCUCCGCAGAAGCAUAGUCAUCUUCUAAAAACCUGGAUGGAAAUCUUAUCCCGAUUUGUUACGUCCUUCCUGCUAUGUACAAACCAUCUCUCCAGCCCCCAAAAGUUUCUUGUUGCAUUUCUUCCGAGCUAGCAGUAAAAAAAUACAUUGAUUGUACAAGGUCGACGGAGGAGGCUGGC